AUCAGACUUCUCAUUGGUCGCUGUUGGAACAUCUCCACUUGCAAUAGGCUGUGGAGAUUGGAAGGGGCGGGGAUGGUGCCCCCUCCCGCCGCCGCCCUCCCCCAGGCGGGCUCGGUUGCGUGGCGGGACUCGGGUCCGAGCUGAGGAGGCGACGGAGGCGGCGGAAAAUGGCGCUGACUCAGGGGACCAAGCGGAAAGUCUGCUACUACUACGACGGUGGGUCGGGGGGUUCUGGGCUCGCGGACGGGCCGGCGAGGGAGCCUCUGGACUGGGGAGGGGGCAGCGGAGGAGGAAGGCUGGCGGCGGGGUGGGGGAGGGGCAGGCUGCGUGCAGAGGGGGCUGCUCGCUAUGGGGCGGGGAGGGAGCAAGUUAUAGGGGGCAGGGAGGAAAGCAGGGGCGGUGCAGCCUCCUGGUUUUUUGGGAGGAAGGGAGGGGAUGAAGGCGGGGGUGGGAGUUGACGGGGGGCAGCGAUGAAAGGAGCUAGCGAGGAGGGGAAACUUGAGUGAGGGUCUUGUAACCUGGGGGUGGGGAAGGGGCGAGGGUCUUGGGAAGGGGGGACGGAGGGAGCCACAAGGGGGAACAGUUAUGUAUUUCAUCCCUGCUUUUGCUCCAAAGGAGCUCCAGGCGGUGUUAACGCUCUCCUUACUGUCACAACAACCCUGCGAGGUAGGUUAGGCCGAGAAUAAGGAUUGACUUGGCCCAAGGUCACCCACUGGGACUCGUGCCUGGCUCUCCCCAGUCCUAGGCCAGGCCAGCUGCACCGCACCAAGAAUGAGGGGGUGAUGGUGGCAGCAGCUCUGGAGAAGGGGAAGGAGGACGCCAGUGCAGACCUCUAGAGGGAAGUGGACUCUUUAGGGGCAUCAAAUAGCUCGCAGCGUUUGCAGAGCAGGCGUCCGAAUCACUUUUUGUUCACUCCUUGUGAUUUUGGGCAUCCUUAUGCCAACUUUACACAGUAGGCCGGCAUUGUCGGUCCCCUGGUCUUGCAGAAGGUGGGGCUGGAGGGGGCGAGAUUGGGGGUGCCUUCCCUGAGGCCCAACUAGUGAGUUUGUGAGAAAGGCACUUGGGCUCCCCGACUUGUGCUCUAACCGACCCCAGCGCUGAGGAAGACUCUUGUGGGGCAAGAGCAGGGAAAUGUGAGUCUUGCUCAAGGAAGUUGGGUGCACAGGUUGUGGGUGGAGUGAGGAGGAAGGAAUAGUGAACAAGGUUUUUGGGAAGAGAGGAAGGGAAGGUGGGUGUUGUGGGGGCAGAGAGGAUGGCUCAGGAAGAAGGAACAGUGGUGAUGUCUUGGGGUACGGGUGAAGAUGGGGUGGGCGAAGAUUUAGGGAGCUUCAGGGAGGGCUCCAGGGAGAGAGGACUGUGGAGAUGGCUUAUGGAAGGGUAGUGGGCAGUGUUAGAAACUGAGAUAUGAAAGCUAGGAGCUAAAUGGCACCUUAAACCUAGGUUAUGGGCGCAACAACGGAAUGUCUAGGCACGCUUUUUUACAACAAAAAUAACAAAGCUGAAAAUGAAUAAACUGCAGCUAAAAUUAUGUUCAUUUUUCACGUGGUCUAAUUAUUCCCCUGCCCACCCCCCUAAUAUUCUUAAGAGGGUCUCUUCUCCAGUCUUCAGAGAGUAGCUGGAAGUGGGGAGGCAGAAAAGGGUCCUUCUUUCCUUCCACUCUGCAGUUUUAAUCUGAAAUCUUAGGCGCAGUACUGUACCCAGAGCUCAGAAACUGCUCACGCUAAUGAAAUUCCCAGUUGCAAAAUUCACCUAGAACAAUGGGAGUUUUGAACACUGGCAGUGGGCUAAUAGCAGGGAAGUCAGUCAAAUAGGAAAAUUGGGUGGUGGGAAACAGGGAAAACUUGAGCUAGGCAGGACAGACUUGCAAAUAAGCCCAGUAGAAUUAUUGGUUUUCAGACAUUUCCUUUAGCUUACAUUCCCACACAUAUCUCCUUUAACUAAAAGGGGCAAAAAAAGUAUCAUUUUCAAGUUUGCCAAAGGUUUCCUGUCCUUUGGAGGUGGUUUCACUACUGGAUAUUAAGUCGCUGUCUAAAAGCUUAUGGGUAGGGGAAGAUGUUCAGUGAGAUUGGUGAAAAAUUAAGAGGGGAGAAUUAAGAGCUUUGCAGAGGGGGUUUUGAGGUGGGAUUGGGGGAAAUGAGAAUUGUAGUGUUGAGGUUGGUGCUUUGGGCAGGCAAGAAAUGGACAGUUGGUAUGGUCUGAGUUGUGGAAGAGGGGUAAUUUUCAAAGCGCAUUGGAAGAGGAACUGGUGACAUAUCAGGGUUGAGAGAAGUAGAAAUCAUACUGUUGAUUGGGGAGGAAGCUCCUAUGGAAUGGACCUAGAACUGGUUACCCACUCACCACUUUUAAAAGCUCCUUCCAAACUUCAAGGCUGUUUCUCUCCCAGGGGACAUUCAGGCCUUUGAUUUCCUCCCCAAAGUCAGCAGCACAUUAUCUUGGAUUUGUUGGUAGUGGUAAGAGUGCAUUGUAUCCUUCUAGGAUGUGGUGUUGUGUGUGAGUUCCACCAGGGUGCUUUCCCAGGUGCUGGGGUAUUUGCCAUCACACUCUGGCCAAACCCUACCCAGAGCAGUUUCCCUUCUACCUCCUUCUCUUGGCAGUGUUUCAGUAGGAGAGCCUCCUCUUGCCUGUUCUUUUCUAGGCUUCUCUGUUUGCCACAGGCUUGGCUGUAUCCACAACGGUUUGCAGCCUCUGAAGAACUCCUGUGUCCUGGUUUUUACACCAGUUUUAAGCACUUCAUCUCUUUAUGAAAACUGAGUUGAAGCCAUUUCCUCACUUAGGACAGGGCAGAUCUGGAUCACUUGUUACUCCCAACAGUAUUCUUGACUCUUGGGGAAGAUGGUUCCUGGGUCUGUGGGAAGAACCCUUCUUUGUGCAACAGUUUUGUUUUCUGGAAGUACAUUGGCAAAUAAAAAAUGUGACUUAUAUUUGCAUUUCCUUAAACACGUACGUAUGCACUUUUUGGAACCCUAUUUUUUGGAAAAGAAACUGGCUUAGAUAAUGCAGGCUUAAAAUCUGUUUUCUUUGACAAAAAUGAAAUGAAUGCUCACGUACAGCAGCCUUCCCCCAACCUGGUGCCUGCCAGAUGUGUUGGACAACAGCUUGCAUCGAGUCCAAAAUAUCUGGAGGGGACUAUGUUGAGUACCCCGAUCUAGAGUUUUGCAUCCCAUUUUCAGUGCUGGCCAGCCACAUCAUGUCUCUUGAACAUUCCCAUGCAUAGCCUAAGGGUAAUGGCCUUCCCCAGUUGUUUAGUUCCAGUCUCUUGUAAUCAGAGGCAUGCUGCCUCCAAAUGUGAUGGUUAAUCAUAGAAUUUGACGGGACCUUGAGGAUCAUCUAGUCCAACCUCCUGCAAUGCAGGACUAUGCAGCUGUCCCUUAAGGGGAUAGAACCUGAAAUCUUGGCAUUAUCAGCACCACGCUCUAACCAACUGAAUAGUCAUUGGUCAACCAUGAAUUUGCCUUAUGGCUUUAAAUAUAUAUUUAACAGCACGUUUCUAUGCACUGUUUACUCACUUCUUUAAAAAAAAGACUCUUUUGUGUUCAAAGGAGACUUUUCCUAAGUAUGUGUCAUAGCAUUAAAGCCAUCACAUAUUAUGGCAGUGAGUUCUGUAAGUUAACUGUGUAUUGUGGGAAGGAACGCAUUUCUUUGUCUACUCCAACUUGCUCCCCAUGUCCAGCAUAUUAUGUAUGAAGCAGGGCCUUCUCCUGCACAUUUGCCCCAAAUUUGUUUUAGCUUCCCCACUUUUCAGAGUUGAGACUGGUGGGGGUUUGGAGCAGAGCCUUCUUGGUUGCUGCACUCCAUCUGGAACACCUGGCCUAAAGAAGCCCACCUUACAAUAUUGCUACAUUCUUUCUAUUCUUUCCUUGUGGUUGAUAAGCUGGUUCUAUGUUUUGGAUAGUUUUUGGUUUGUUUUUGGUUUGUUAUGUUAUACAAAACUUUGUAUAUGUUUUGAUUUUGGUGCCAUAUUUAGCCAAUGCAAACUCCCCUUCUCCAGUAAUUAGGAACAUAAAGAUCUCAAUCUUGAUGUAUGUAGAUGAUUUAGUGCUGCUUCUCUCUUUCCUGACUGGGCCUCAUAUCUAUACAUUACUCUAACGCAAAGUUUGUGAUUUGUGGCAGAAACAAUCCUAGGUAUAGAUGGUGUUGGACCAGCAGGUUAUAGAACAAACUUACUCAUUUAGAUACUUGGGAGUACUUUUUUAUCAAACCCUCUCUUGGAAUUGUCAUAUGGAAGCAGUGGAAGUCAAAGCACAGAAAACCAUGGGAGCAUUGAUGUUCUGUUACAAUAAGGGAGGGCAACUGAUUUAACCUGCCCUAAAUAUAUUUGGUAGUAAAGUGCUUACUCAAAUGCUGUAUGGCGCUGAAACCUGGAACUCAGAUUUGAACUCCGUUUUUUCUGAAACUCGUAUCUUGGCUCCCAAAAACCUUGGGAAUCGAAUGUUCCGGUUCCCGAACGAUUGAAAACCGGAAGUGAGUGUUCCAGUUUUCAAACUUUUUUUGGAAGCCAAACGUCCGGCGUGGCUUCCGCUAUUGUUUCCAGCGCGCCUGUGCAGUUGGGAACCAAUCAGAAGCCGUACCUUGGUUUCCAAACUUUUCGGAAGUUGAACAGACUUCUGGAAUGGAUUCUGUUUGACUUCCAAGGCUGUACUCCCUUCCAUCAGGAAUAUCAGCAGCUCUUCUUCAUACAGAAUCCUGGUGGCCAAGAAUUAAGGCAAGGGUGAGCAAGAGUGAACUGUUCUCUCUCUCUCUCUCUCUCUCUCUCUGUGUGUGUGUGUGCGCGCGCACACACACACUAUGCCUAUUGAGUGUUUUCCUGCUUGGUGCUAUAUGGAAUUGAGUGAUAACCAGUUCUGGAAAACAACUUGUCUAGAUGUUUUAGACUACAGUAGUACCUCGGUCUAAGAACAGCCCUGUUUACGAACUAUCCGGUUUACAAACUCCGCAAAACCAGAAGUAGUGUCCUGGUUUGCGAACCGUACCUCGGUCUAAGAACGGAAUCCGAACAGUGGAAGGGCACCAGCGGUGGGAGGCCUCAUUAGGGAAAGCGUGCCUCAGUUUAAGAACAGUUUUGGUUUAAGAACGGACUUCCGGAAUGGAUUAAGUUAGUAAACUAAGGUGCCAGUGUAUGUUUAUUUUCCACAACUGAGCUCUGCUUUGACCCUGAAUAGGUAUCAACUAAGGGAUUGGCUCUUCUGUAUAGAAUCUAGAAGGGACCUGCAACUAAUCAGAAAUGCCAAAUUUUCCCUUGGUAUCUGCUCUUGAGAACAGACCAUUUUAGAGCUAGUUAUUUGACCAAACUCUCACCAGUGUCCUUAAGAAAUGCCUUUAUUGAGCUGCAUUUCCACAUGAUUCCCACUGCAGUCUUGGAUGCCUGCUGCGACAAGGUCCCAUAUGCAGACAAACUUUGUAUUUGUGGUCAAUCUCUGGUAGAAGACAUCACUCAUCAUGGUUUGUGCUGCAGGAAGCUUUGGCACACCUGCAGUCAAUGUGUUUGCCACAUAAAGUGUGAGGCCACUCUAAAUUGUGAGCAGCAAGAGGCCUCUGGAUAUGUACGUGCACACACAUGUGUCCUGGCUAUCAGAGUUUCUUUUCUCUGUACAAUUCCCCUUUCUGGACACAUCUUAAGCCCUGCCCCAUCUUUAUUCCCAGCUGCAGAAAACUCAAACAGCAUUUUUGAAUCAGGCCAUUGCUCCAUAUAGUGUGCUUUUGUCUGCUGACUUAAACCGUGAAGAAGGGUGUAUUUCUCAGCUUUACUGCUUGAGACCUUAUUAAUUGGAUAUGCUGGGGAUUUAACUUUGGACCAUCUGUAUGCAAAGUAUUUGUUCUCUGCUAUGAUGCUCACAUUCUUUCCUUGUUAACAUUCCUAAAGUUGUUUAUACAAUAUAAUGUGUAUUUCUUUUCUUCUUGUGUCUCAGGUGACAUUGGAAACUAUUACUAUGGUCAAGGCCACCCUAUGAAGCCCCACAGAAUCAGGAUGACUCACAAUCUCCUUCUGAACUAUGGCCUCUACAGAAAAAUGGAAAUCUAUGUAAGUUUCUAACUACUUGUUUAAAAAUCCACAAUUUGGGGACCAAGAUGCAGGCCUCAUUCCUGCAUCAUGCUAAGCCAAGCCAUGGUUUAGUGUGAACAUGUGAGCAUGUAGGCUCCAGGAGAGGAAAUCAUGGUCACCUUGCUCCUCUCCCCCAUUUUUCUGCUGCUGCGCUGUGCUAAGGCAUGGCUUGGUUUAGCAUGUAAUUCAGACCCAGACUUGUAGUUUAGCUCUCUCCAGACUAACCACGAACUAGGACAAAGGUUUAUCUGGGAGAGCUAUACCACAAACCCCAGAUUCAGAUAACAUGCCAAGCUAUGGGUUAGCACAGUGCAGCAGCAGAACAUGUGUAGAAAAGCAAAGCAAUCCUGAUCUCUGCUCUAGGAGCCCACAUUCUUGCAUAUUUGUAUUAAGCCAUGGUUUGGCUUAGUGUAAUGUGCAAACCAGGCCAUAAUAAGAAGGUGUCACAGACAAGAAACAUUCUUAAUACAUCAGAACAAAAAACUGUAUCAGCUACCCUUAUUAAAGGACUAGGGGAAACAGAAUAAUCCACUUAUUCACUAAACUCCCCCAAGUUAUCACAAGCAAAUCAAACUUCUCAAAUAAUAAUGUGUGUUGGGAGGUGGACAACCAAUUACCCUAUGCUGCAGCGUGAUUGGCCUGGUGGAAUGUAAACUUGGUUGGGCUAGAAGUGGUUUGGGACCUGCAUCAAUGGAGUUCUAGCAGUCUGAUGCGACCUCUUAACUCACAAAAACAGGAAUGGGAGGAAACUGAUGAGAAACCAGACAGAGCAAUAGGGUUAGAAGAAAAAAGCUGGAACAGCUGAUGGGAAGCUGGGAAUAGCAUGUAAGACUCCCUUGCCAUAGCAGGAUUGGCUGCUGGCACUCCUACAGAAAAAGACAAUUGGGCCCCACCCACUAGGCAUGCCCAGUCAGGACUUUUAUCCAGAGGCAGGCACAGUGAGAUGAAGGGAGUACAUUCUGGCCUAUGAUGAGGCCAGAAUUCUCUCUCUGAAUUCUGAAGGCACUCUGGCAUACUUUUUGGCUUUCCAUUAAAGUAGUCUUGCAGACAAGACCAAAAAGUUUAUUAGCCCACUGUUUUUAUUCUCUCUCCUGCUAAUGAAUAUCAGUAAGUGAUUUGAGGCAAAAUACAGACGCAACCAUUCUUAAUCUCACAUAUUGUACAGAAAUUGAUACCCGUUUUCCCCAAGGCUGUUAGAGAUUCCAUUCCACCUUUUGGUUCAGACAUGGAACUGUUACAUAACACAUGUCUGUUUACAUUCCAACACAGUUUGCUGGUGUAAGCGGAACUUUCACUGUAUUGCUUUUGCUUUUGGCUCUAUCUCUGAGAAGACGACAAGGAGAGAUGACAUGUUUCUUUGUCCUGAUUUAUGUUUAAUAAACCUGUAGUCAUAGUAUGUACCCACUGCUUCAAGCCUCUUCUGUUUGUGCAGUUUGCUCUGCUAAGUGUGCCCAUGUCAGCAGACCUGGCUCACUAAUAUAUGUCGGAACCAGAGGUCGAGGGAUCUUCGCAGUGUGACGUCUGGAAGGAGACAAUCUAGCUGGGGGCUAGCCAGCUGGCUGUUCAACCCCUGGGUGCUGACAAAGGCAAUCCUAACUCACAUGGCUGUUUACAGACCUGCCUUAAAAAAUAUACCAUCAAUUUGAACAACACACUGAUGCUUAAGCUUAUCAACGGCAGACAUACAGGUCUGAUUGUACCUGGAUUUGUGAGCCCUCUGCUCUUUAGGUUUUCCUACACAGUCCUUUCCAUCAGUUCCUUCAUUCUACAUUGUAUGGUAGAAGUAGAAAUGAGACCCUCCCAUUGGGUUCUCACCUUUCCUGUACUGCUCAGACUCUUGAACAGAAAUGCUGCUGGAAAGCAUUAUUGGUAGAGUCUGAACUGUGUUAACAUUUUGUUGCAUUAAUUAGGUGUUUCUUUUAACUGUGUCAUUACAGCGCCCCUAUAAAGCUAGUGCUGAAGAAAUGACCAAAUACCACAGCGAUGACUACAUCAAAUUUCUGCGGUCGAUUCGUCCAGACAACAUGUCUGAGUACAGCAAGCAAAUGCAGCGAUGUAUGUUCUGAGUGUGAUUAUUUUAUCUUUGCUGGUAGUUGGAGCUGAAAGGGAACUUUCUCCACACAGUAAUCUUGUUUUUGAAAAUAUAAAAAGUAUGGGUAUAGAUAAGAUAUGAGCAGCAGAGUUUGGUACCUGCUGUAGUAAAAUCACUUUGCAUUGUCAUCAGCUUGUACUAAGCUUCCAGAAACCACUAGGGAUAACACUGGCUUACCCUAGUAGGACAGUAGCUGCAUUCAUACAAAACAGUAUAAACCAUGACUUGUCAUUAGGAAAAUAAGUACAUCAAGCCUUGGGCUUGCAUACUCCCUCCUCUUUACCCCCUUUAUUUGUCCUCAACGUGAAGUUCAAGCUUUUAAUAUCUACCACCUCUGCACAAAGGGACGCGGGUGGCGCUGUGGGUCGGUCAGAGCCUAGGGCUUGUCGAUCAGAAGGUCGGUGGUUCGAAUCCCUGCGACGGGGUGAGCUCCCGUUGCUCGGUCCCUGCUCCUGCCAACCUAGCAGUUCGAAAGCACGUCAAAGUGCAAGUGGAUAAAUAGGUACCGCUCUGGCAGGAAGGUAAACGGCGUUUCCGUGCGCUGCUCUGGUUUGCCAGAAGUGGCUUGGUCAUGCUGGCCACAUGACCCGGAAGCUGUACGCCUGCUCCCUUGGUCAAUAAAGCAAGAUGAGCGCUGCAACCCCAGAGUCGGUCACAACUGGACCUAGUGGUCAGGGGUCCCUUUACCUUUACCUUACCUCUGCACAAAGGGGUGGAGAUGUAGGAGACUCAACGGAGAGCCUUAUUCAUGUAACAACAAACCAUUGUUUAUUAGGUUUGAAGUGUUCUGAGCUACAUGAAGCACCUUAAAUGCUGUAUAGUUACUAACUAGCAGAAAGUGCCUAGCACUGCCUGGAAAAUUAACCAACAAAUAUUGCGAUUUUUAAAUGGAUAGUGUAAUUUGUGAGUUUUGGGGCUGUGCACACAUGCACACACCAACCCAGGGCUCUGACCUGACCCAAGGAAAUCUGUGGAUCUGGCUAUGAAUCAGUUUGUGGGAGUGGGGAGAGAAAAUGUUUAAUUAGGGUUCAUUUGGUCUGCCAUCUUGAUUCAACAUGGUGUCUGUCUUCCAAACAUAGGCAAAAACCACUUCCUCCACCUCAGGAACCCUCAUGCUUUGUUUGGCAACAGUAUCUCAAGAGGCAUCUAGAUUGGUGCAGGUUGGAAGUGCUCCGCCAAUUUCGGCAAAGUCCUGCAAAUCAGGUGGCAGUAUCUUCAGAGGUGUCCAAAUUGGAGUAGUUUACUAACAUGAGUUUGACCAAAUUGGGGGAGGCAGCGAAAGACAGGAGUGUCUUGUGUGCUCUGGUCCAUGGGGUCAUGAAGAGUCGGACACAACUAAAUGACUAAACAACAACAACAAAGACCUGUCACACCAAAAAUUGGACAAAGUCACAUCAAAGUGAAGCUUUAGUUCACCAUCUUGUUUCAGAAUGGCAUCCAGUGUCCAAACAUUAACAAAGACUGGCUCCACCACCUCAUAAAUCCUCAUGCCAAGCUUGGCAACAAAAUCUUGAGAGGAAGCCAAACCUAUAGAGAGCAGAUGGACAAACAGAUAAUCCACUUUCCAAAGUACCGGUGUAUAUAUAGUAGAUUUAAGCUCCCUCUUUCAGUUCCAUGUGACUCCAGCAGGUGGCGAGUUACUCUAGCGUUGAUUCCCACCCUUCUGGAAUGCGUUUGUCUUCUGUGCCAAGGGACAGCUUUUACAAACACAAGCUCUUGUCUUGAGUAGCCAACAGGUUGAUAUACUUUCUCCGCAAGCACCCCAUUUCAGUGCAUCUGCUCUCUAGUUGUGCUACAUGUUGGAUUAACAUGGGCAGGUUUGAAGGGGAAAUAUUGUCCACCCAGUUUACAGUUUUGUGACUUUCUGCCAGGUUCCCACCUUGCCUCUUCUCUUCACCCACUCUUCAGAUAGGUUAAAGUACUGUUGUUGUCUUAGGGAGAAGUUGUUUCAGAGUUCUGAUAGCUCUUUCUCCAGUCUGUUAAGGCCCUUAAGUUAAAUCUUGUCGCCUCAGUGUUUUCUUUUUCUUUCUUUAUUCAAGUCAAUGUUGGAGAAGACUGUCCUGUGUUUGAUGGCUUGUUUGAAUUUUGUCAGCUUUCAACAGGAGGGUCAGUUGGUAAGUAACAGCUAUUUUUUUUAAUAAAGGAUGAAUAAAAUGUAGAUUGAAGUGUGAAAAAUAUAUCUCUAACAAGGUCUUAAAUGUUGCUUAAUUAAAGGGGCAACCCUGUGCAUGUUUACUUGGAAGUUAGACUGUAUUUGGUGGGGCUUAUUCCUAAAUGAGUGAAAAUAGAAUUGCAGUCUGUUCUUACGUCUUGUUCCUGUUCUCCUUACGCCUGACACUUUGGGAAAAUUGGGAUUCGAAAACAAUGGAACUUGCACUCCACAACCUGAGUUCUGAUAAUUUUGUUGGCAAGUGUGUUUACUAUUAGUUUUAUUUAGUAAUCAUCCUAUAACUUGGUUUUCCAGGUGAUGCAGUUAAUUUAAGUUUUGAAAAGAAAGCCACAUGGAAUACCACAAUAGAAUCAAUACAUACAUAUAUAAGCAGCAUGGAGACUAAAUCUCUUUGUGCAGCUUUUUUCAAUCGGGGGCACCACCCCUGAGGUUGCCAUCUCCCUUGAAGAUAGAGGGGAAACCUGGCAAAGGAUUGUUUAUAAGCAAUUCUGCAUUCAGUUGUAGAGUUUGAGUGUCCUCUGCAAAGUUUUAGGGUUCCUGCUGUACGACUCUUUGCUAUCUGGUUGUGUCAUUGGUUUGAAAUUCUCUCUACAGCCAGUGCAGUGAAGCUGAACAAGCAGCAGACAGACAUUGCUGUGAACUGGGCAGGAGGCUUGCAUCACGCCAAGAAGUCUGAAGCCUCAGGCUUCUGUUAUGUCAAUGACAUCGUUCUGGCCAUCUUGGAGUUGCUAAAGUACGUACAACAAUUUACCCCUGAAGCUCUCAGAAACAAUAGUCUCAGAUCUUGCAGAGGUGAUAACAGCUCCUCCCCUAUAAGUAGCCCCCCUCUGCGUUUUACUACUGAUUUUUAUAUGAUUAUAUUAUAAUACCUCUCUGAAUUUGUCAUUCUGAAAUGAAAAUAUCUUCUUGGACUGUACUGCUUCAAACUGCAAGUGGAGGAUUGCUUGAUUAAUCCAAUUCAAAAAUAGUUUAACACAAGGAAAGCUAGCUAGAUAUUGGGUGAAAACCUCCAGUCUAGCCUUAUUUCCAGCGUACUGGUUUUAUAUGCACAGGGAUUUCUUUUUCCAGGGGGAAAUGUUCAGCUGCUUGAGUUCUUGUCCCUGAGGUGGCCCAGGUAGUACAGGCAGUGACUAUUUUGCACAGGGGUUAUUUUCCAGACCCCCGUGCAUGUCAGCAGAACCCAGGUAAGCCCGCCCCACCCCUUUUGUGACAUUUUUGGGUCACUUCUGGGUUUGGCAAAAUGCGCACACGCGCAGUCACACACAUAUCAAGCACGCCUAAAAUGUUCGCUGCCUCUAGUCCAUUGAUGCUCCUCAGUCUUCCAUUUUCAUAACUGUCCCUUGUGCAAUCAACUGUAUAACCGAUACAGCAGUUUUUAACUCUUUUUUCCUAGUCUGUAUUUCUUGUGAGCAAAGUCAGGGCAAAGAACUUCAUAUGUACACUUACGGGGUCUGACCUGUAAUCAGGAAAGAUAGUUGGAGAUUGUGUCAAAGAAAGCUCAAUGAAACUGUUUUGGCAAGGAGAUUCAAAGCAGGCAAAAGAAAAUUGCUUCUUCACCCAAGACAUAACAAUUGUAGGGAAUUUGUUGCCACAAUUUAUGGUGGUAGCCCCUAACCCAGAUGGCUUCUAAAGGAGAUUCGAGUGACAAAUUCAUGCAGGAUAAAUUUGUCAGCAGCCACUAGUGUUGAUAGCUGUAUGGCACCUUUCAAUUCAGAUGCAGCAUGCUAAUCCAGGGCUUGGCAAGGUUUACCGGCCAUGGGCCAGAUCACUCCCGUGGAGAUCAUCCGUGGGCUGGACUGGUGCAGCGCGAUGCCUGAAAUCGUGUCUGUGCAUGUCCGCAGCACCGGAAAUCGCUUCUGCGCAUGCCCAGAUGCCGAAAAUCGCACCUGCACAGAAGCGAUUUUCGGUGUCUGGACAUGCGCAGACACGAUUUCCAGUGCCGCUCAGCGAGUCACCAUGCUGGUUUAGUGCAGCGCGCAGAGGACUUGCCGAGCGGGCGGCUCGUGGGCUGGAAAACGGUCUUCGUGGGCUGCAUUAGGCCCAUGGGCCACACGUUGCCGACCCCUGCGCUAAUACCUUACAUCCUACAACAAGUAAAGAAACUGAUACGGGGGUAUCAGGCUAGUGAGAUGAUUUCCAAACAGUGCUCCAAGGAACCUUGGGGGCUCUUGGAAUUUUAUUGAGGGUUCCUUUAUGGGAAGAUGGGUCCCUGCAGACAUGUUUCUGUGGCUAACCAACAGCUUUAUGCUCCGUUGCCCUUCUUCCCUGUCAUGGGCAGGUAAGUGGUUUUGGGCCUUGUAAUGCCAGUCUGACAGCCCCUUUGCAAUCCCAGGUACCACCAGAGAGUGUUGUAUGUCGACAUAGACAUUCACCAUGGCGACGGUGUGGAGGAGGCCUUCUAUACUACAGACCGUGUCAUGACUGCAUCUUUCCAUAAGUAUGGUGAAUACUUCCCAGGAACAGGGGACCUGCGGGUGAGAACGGAGGCUGCAGCAGCACCUCCCUUGGAAGGCUGGCUGAAACAGCAAGGUUCCCCUGUGACACCUCCCAGGCCCUUUGAUGAAGAGAGCAGCUUUGUUCAUGAGCUUCACCCAUUCUAAAACUAAUGCAUAAUGCUCACCAGGCACUCACUGCAUUAGUUGCCUCCCCUUGAAAAUAUCUACAAGCAGGGGGCUGUAUUUUUCAUGCUAUUGUGAUUGCAGCAAGAAAGCUGGCCACAGAAUCCAGAGGAUUGCCCCUCUCUCCCACCCCACCCAAUCUCUAAAAUCGUGUUUUUUAGCCUUUAAGAUGUGAGGGAAAGCUUUUUUUUUUACCAGUACUCCUGGAAGGAGUGUGGUCAAUAUCAUGUGAUCAAGUGGUGAGACUUUGCUCUUCUGUAGGUCCUUUUCCCUCAUCUGAAGCCUGCAGACAUAGAACAGAUUACCACAAAGUAAUCUAGCUUGCAUAUUUGUUAAAUCUGCAUAUUUUAAUCAGGUAAAAGAGUGGGGUUCCACUAACCUCUCCCCAGCUCUGUUUUAUUGAAUACUGAUACAAAAUAUACCUAGCCUUGCCUUUUCUAAAUUGCUGUGUUCAGAUUUGUUGCAGAGAGGCAGGUCUGAAUGAGAUGUUGGCAGUUUGUGGACAAGGUCUUCUCAGUUGCCCUCUUAAAGCAGGAAAAGCAGGACAUGCUAGCCCCUGGGUGGCCUAUGUAAAUUGAGGAGAGCAGUACUGUGAGGGCAGUGAGACCUCCAAAGGCCGAGAGACCCAGCCCAGGUUAUUUCACAGUGUCUCAUUCCCUUCACCCUCUAGGACAUUGGUGCAGGCAAAGGAAAAUAUUACGCAGUCAACUACCCCCUCCGGGAUGGGAUAGAUGAUGAGUCCUAUGAAGCCAUCUUUAAGCCGGUAAGUUUCCCUUUCUGGAAUGUUCCUUGUGGUCAGAUAUUCUUCCUUAGUGUUCCACAUUUCUGCUCACCAAGGCAAGGGUGAUGUCUCCAAAUCUGCUCUUCUAGCUUAGAGAUGAGGUGGGUGGGAUCCUUCUUCCAUUGUGCUGAGCUCCAGAGGGGCACUAGAGAGAAUGGCUGUGGUUUGGAGCUAAUGGGGGGUGGGGGCAGUAGAUUACUUCCUGACUUCUUGCAGGAACGCAUCACAAAAAAUAAGGAAUUAGGACUGUAAUCUUCUGCACACAUACAUACUUGGAUACUUGGAAUAAGCCCACUUGAAUGCAGUGGGACUGACUUCCUACUAAACAUACGAGUUUGCACUGAAUGGGGGGGUGGGUUCUGAUAAUCAAAAUGUGUGUGAAUUUAUGUGCUUGCUGCAGGUCCAUCCUGCUCAGGUAUGCAUCUGGACUCUCUCUCUUCUUUGACCAGGUGAUGUCCAAAGUGAUGGAGACAUUCCAGCCUAGUGCUGUUGCAUUGCAGUGUGGCUCAGAUUCCUUAUCGGGAGACAGGCUGGGUUGCUUUAAUCUGACCAUUAAAGGUAAGCAGGCUUAUUCAGGACCUGCCUUGCUCUCCAAGGUAGCACCAUGUGAUCUAAAGAGGUCCUAUUGAGGAGAGAUGUUUUAAAAGUGGCUUAUUGGGUUGUUUCUUCUAUUGGGCACACGUAGUUGGACAGUUCAUUAUUGUGCAGAAGCUCUCCACCCCUCUCUCAGCAACCCAACACCCUUCUUCCCUUCUCUGCUUCUCUCAGGUCAUGCCAAGUGUGUGGAAUUCAUCAAGAGCUUUAACUUGCCCAUGCUGAUGCUCGGAGGGGGCGGCUACACCAUCCGCAACGUGGCCAGGUGCUGGACCUAUGAGACUGCUGUGGCUUUGAAUACAGAUAUUCCAAAUGGUAAAGUCACCUGCCGUUUGAUUUCUAGAAUACCUUUAAAAGAUUCUUGUGAUGUUGAGCUCUCUGGAAAUGGACUUUGAGGGGAGCCAGGCCUGCAUGCAGCCUAGUUAGACAAUGAGGAGUUGGGCUUUACAUGGGAUUUAUAGCAACGAAACUGGCAAUCUUUCUUAGGGCUAGAAGAAGGUCUCCAGUGGUUCAUAUUAAUCUGAGAACCUCAGAGUCCCAGAGAAUUUCAAGCAGUGUAAUGUGAUAGGAAUUUUGCAUUGCAGGUGUGUGCAUUUGGGGUAGGACACACACCACCCCUCCAAACAAGCCAUAUCUGCAUCCUAAACAAAUUAUGCAGAUUAAAUGUUUUUGCAUGCAUUUUCUUUCACUGCUAAAAUGGAGGCAGCAUCAUGGAAAUGUGAAGAGUCUUCCUUGACAGAAGCAUUUUCUGCCCCCUUCUUCAUUUGCACCUGCCUUUUCUUACAGCCAGUAUUUGAAUUGCCUCGAUACUGGAGACCCAGUAACAUUCUGUUUGCUUUUUUUUUUUUUUUUAAACUUUCUACAGAGCUUCCAUACAAUGAUUAUUUUGAAUAUUUUGGGCCGGACUUCAAGCUCCACAUCAGCCCUUCCAACAUGACCAACCAAAACACCAACGAAUAUCUGGAGAAGAUUAAGUAAGUUUGUCUUGCUUGUCUCACGAGUGAGGCUAGUCACUUCUACGCUCUCUCUCUGUGUAUGUGUGUUUCUUGUUGUCCCUUUCUGAUGGCUCUCUGGUGGGCCCUUUGUGAUUGCUUGGCCACAGGCAACGUCUCUUUGAGAACUUGCGAAUGCUUCCCCAUGCUCCUGGAGUCCAGAUGCAGCCGAUCCCGGAGGAUGCCGUCCCAGAGGACAGUGGAGAUGAAGAUGAAGAGGAUCCUGACAAGCGGAUUUCCAGUGAGUUCUUUGGGGCUGUGGAGAUUGAUUGGUGCCUUGGAUCAUGCAUAGGCGGGUGCACACUUUGGGUAUUUAGAGCAGGGGAAAUGUGCAACCUUUAGCAGGAUAACAGUAGAGGAACCAGUCCCUUUUCUGGUCAGUGGGGACUGCCCUGCCUUAGAUAUGCAGCCCCAGCCAAGGAGCAACUGCCACCUCUGGCUCUUUGUAGGACCCAUAAUGUGGCUUAGGAUGGUCUUUCCCCUCUGUGUUUCAUUAUUACAAAUUGUAAUCUCAGAGCCAGGAUUGGCUGAUCUGGAAAGAGUGGUGGUCCACCAAAUAUCCAAUAAUAUUGUGUGCUUCGAACAGUGGAACUUUGCUUUUGUCUCUGUAUGUGUGUGCACUUUCCAUCUAUAGUUUUUCAGUUACUCCUGAAGGCUCCCCUGCCUGAAACCAAAAGCCUGGUGCCGCUGAUACAGCCUUUUUUCUUUUCUUCCCCCUCCAGUCCGCUCAUCAGACAAGAGAAUAGCUUGUGAUGAGGAAUUCUCUGACUCUGAAGACGAAGGGGAAGGUGGGCGCAAAAACGUCGCCAAUUUCAAGAAGGCCAAACGAGCAAAAACGGAAGAAGAGGAGAAGGAGGAGGAGAAGAAAGGAGGUGGGGAAAGCCGCAGCUUAACAGCUACUGACUGACAUUUUUACUGUUUUUCAGGGUUCAGUCCCCUAGGUAGUUCUUCUGCUGAAACCACGGGAUAUGCUUUUGAAAAAUAAUUAUAGCUGGUUCUUAUAUGUGGCAGUCUCACGUCCAAGCAGCUGCUCAAGUCCGCACCUGCUUUGCUCAGUAAUGUUGCAGCACCAGGUACCCCCAGACCACCUGUUGAGUACCUAUAAAGUAGUGUAAAGUGCUUCUGAGCAUGUGCAGAGUGUGUUUCUCUUGCCUUUGAGUAGCUGCAGACCAGCCUGUCUUGCAUUUUAAGAGAUUCUAUGCGCGGUCUUGUCUGGCUUUAGAAAGGAACCACUGUAGGCAGCAAAUGGUGGUAUGGAUGUGACCCUCUUUUUCUGAGCAGCACCCUGUUCUUCAGUACCCCAGCCUUUGGGAGGGGGGGCGCUCCCAGCAUUCCCAAGUGGAAUGCCUAUCUUUCUUUUGCAUUGCUUUCUUUUGGUGGCAGCAAGAGGACUGCAUUUGACAGCGUAGCUGGCUGCAGAUUUCGUAAGUAACCAUCUGCCUGCAGGAGCAUAUCUGCUGGUUCUGUGUUCCCAGGGAAACAGCAAGCUUAAUGGUGGCUGCUUUGUAAUUUGAAAGUUUUACCCCUGUCAUGUUGGAGAAGUGACAAUUCCCAACUUUAGAAACAAAACAAUACAUUAUUGGAGUCACUAGAACUUUGAAAAUCUGUAUGUGACCCUCUGGAGGAUUAAUUAAUUUCUACUCCAUCUUCAGAUCCCUGUGGUGUAAUAUGUAUAUAUAAAAUCCAAAUGUUACAUUGUUUAAGCCUUGGGGAAAGAGGAAUGUUUUUGUCUGCCCCCCAAAAGCCAAGAGGAGAAGGGGCUCCUUGGGCGCAGGGAGUUGCAGAUAAUGAAGAAGAGGUGACCACAAAAAAGCCAGCUUCUCAUGGCCAGUGCCUGAACCUCUGGAGCCCAAGACCAGGCAUAGGCAAACUCGGCCUUCCAGAUGUUUUGAGACUACAAUUCCCAUCAUCCCUGACCACUGGUCCUGUUAGCUAGGGUUGAUGGGAGUUGUAGUCCCAAAACAUCUGGAGGGCCGGGUUUGCCUAUGCCUGCCAAGACACUCCGAGCAAAGCCCCAGCCAAAGCCCUACAGCAUCCAUAUGGGAGAAGCCAUGUCCAAUGGGUAGGGUAUGGGGGCAGGUUAGAAAUGGCAAGAUUAGGUAGUUUAAUUUACUUUAAUUAAUUUGCACAAUUUGCUCUGAUUUUUACCACCACAUCCCACUCCCAGUGUUACGAAAUGUUCAAUCACCUUUCUGACUUGUGAGAUUUCAGCAGGCCUUGUGCACACACUUCCAAGCAUAUGUCCACAGGCCUUGAAACUUGUUCCUGCUGCUGUUAUUAAUUAUACAAAAGCUGAGUUUGCAAAAAGCUGAAUUACCUUUCUUGUGGAGACUGGCCUAUUUUUAACAGAUUGAUAGUGCUGUGUUUUUUCUUCUUUUGCAUUGUGUUUUUAUGUUGUGUAAACUGCCUUGGGUGGGCUCUGCCCUAAAUGUUGAGCCCUCUCAAAAGAAACAUUUUAUAAAUAACAAUAUUAAUAAAUGUAGAGCUCUUGGGGAGGUUAGAAGGAGGAUGGGCAUAGUGAGAGGCAACAGGGCAUACAUUUCAGAGAGAAAACAAAUACAAGAAUAUUAGGGCAGGCUAAAGGCCGGAGUUUGUGUCCAAGAAUCAUUUCUGCACCUAGUUAUAUAACUGCAUGCCAUGAUCUCUUACAGAAGUGAAAGAGGAAGAGAAGGCAAAAGAGGACACGACAGAGCCCAAAGGGUGAGACCCCUUUCCCCUUGUUUGAAUGGUGUUGCUGCUUGUUAUGUUUGGAAAGUGAAGCUCUUUUAGUUCAACUCUUGAGCCUCCAAGUGCACAUAAAUCUUCAUAACCAGGUACCUUGCUGUUUAAACGAACCAUCUAGCUGUGUGCAUGAGCAGCUCCUUGCCUCAUGGCAAAGCCAUGCACACAUAGAGCAUCUCAUAGAGGCAGCCCUACCAUGAAAUAAGGUGAGGCUGUCUCUUCAGGCGGUAGAUUUUGGUACCUUUUUAAGAGCAGCACAGGAGGAGAUGGAUGGGCCAUUGAAAGGAAAGAGGACCAGUGUAAGAGCACAGGAGCUAAACCUUUUGAGGAUGGUGUGAGAGUUCAGGUUUGUUAGGCUUCUCAGUUUAACAUUUGUAACCUUUGGUACCUGUUAACACACUGCUUCUUCCUUGCCUUUAUCCCACAGCAUAAAGGAAGAGACAAAAUCGACCUAAGAAGCUGGCAGACGGGUAAUCCCUCAGUCCCCUGGUUCCCUGGAUUGGCCUCUCGGGUACCUUCCCAUUCCACAAGAUUUGUAUUUUAUAUAAGUUUCUGUAGAUAUUUCUAUAUAAAUAUUUUGGGGACUUGAGCCCCAGGUGGAUUUCCUUGCUGCGAUUCCCUGGGGGUGAGGAAUCUGCUUGGUACACAGUCCUACUCGGCCUCAGGGGUACAGCUUGAGUGGAACCCUUAUUCUUGCGUUCCUGCUGCCGCCUCUUUGGGGACAUGUGUGUGUUUGUUUUUUCAUUUUUCAAAAAACUUUAAAGUCUCCCUUUCUCCUGCACCUUCUCUUCUUUUGAAACUAUGGUCUCCCCUUGGAGAAACAUAUGCUCUGGGGCUUUGGGUUUUUGUCUUUUGUUGUUUUCUUUGAAUAGUUUUUUGAGGUAUGGAUACAGCCAUAAAACUUUGGGAGGCUUUUUUGGGGGUGGGUGGCGGGGGGUGGGGUUGAAGCUUCAAGUUUCAGGCAGCACCCAUGAAAGAAUCGACUCCGUUCUGGGUAACCACAAAUUGAUGCUGCUCCUCAGCAUCCCAGAGGCGCAAGUUAAUGAGUGGAGGGGUAGUUGCAGUCAGCACCUCCAAGGAACAGGGAGUCUUCUAGGGCAUGGCGGAAGUGUCAGUGGAAGUGCUUAUUAAUGUGAAGUCUCCUCAUGCUGUGGAGAGGAAUAUGCAUUUUCUCUCCACAGAGGACAGUGCAGGAGUGAAGGUUCCUCUGUUCUGCAUCAAACGCUCCUCACUGUGAACUUAGCACACAUGGUGCUCACUUGUCUAAUCCUCUUUUGUCCUGUCAUGGCCUUACCCUCAGAAUCUGCUCCAAAACCUAUAGCUGGCAUGUGCAGAAACUAGCCAGUGAUUCAUAAGGGCAUCUUUUUUUAAAAGGCCUCUUAAAUAUCACCAUAUUCUAGGAGAAAAGUUCUAGGGAUGGUUUUGGUUACACACGCCAGCCAAGUGCAAGCGGUGGGAGUGGAAUUUUUCAGUGGGUUGUGGGAUUGGAUUGGAAGGGGGAGCAUCCUUCCACAGAGCGCCACUGUAAGGGGUCAGUCUCAACGAUGCUGCUAAUUUAGCCAUGUCACUCUUGGGGCAGAGGGGGGGUGGGUUGGGGGGCAGGGAGAGAAAGGUUUUUAUUUUUUUAAGCCUCUGGUUUAGCUGUUUUUUAGUCUCUGGGAUGCAAGACCCAUGCAGCUCUUCGAUACUUGUAUUGGUGAAAUGAAAGAUCAUUGUAUUUGUCUUUUGGGGGCAGGGCAGGGAAGAUAUAUAUAUUGUGGUUUUUUUUUAAAAAAAGAACUUUUUAUUUUCAUUUUUUUGAAGAAAAAGCUUUGUAAUAAAAUUGGUCUGUUUCUUGGUUUUGGGUAGUGAAUUAUUUUCUGUGUAUAGUGGUACCU